AUGUAUGCCGGCAAUGCUGUAACAGGCAUUACCGGUCCUAUGGACUACAAAUAUAUGAAAGUGCUUCGUUUUGUCCUUCGCAUUAUAAGUGGCUGGCCAGGCAAGGCUCUCGGUGAGAAAACCCUCAGGAUCGAGGGCAUGGGCCAUGCGUACUACAAUACUAUACUAUCACUUGUGUACUUGGCCCUAGGGAUCGCAUACUUGAAGAAAAACUUCCACAGAUUCGAUUUUCUGGAGCUGGGACAGUUGUAUAUUGUUUUACUGAUGAAUAUGCUGUCUACGUCAAGAGCCUUCACCCUGUGUCUAUCUCAAAAAUAUAGAGAGGUAGCGAAAAUAUUCAUUCAAAAAAUACACUUGUUUUACUUCAAAGAAAAGUCAGAUUUUGCUAUGAAGAUACACAUAACAGUGCACAAAAUAUCAUUCAUCUCCGCGGUAUAUUUAAGUGUUUUGCUGUUCAUAGCUGCCUGUAUGUUUAAUUUAAUACCAAUGUAUAACAACUACAGUGCAGGAAGAUUUGCUUCGUUUGACAAUUUGGAGAAUACGACGUAUGAGCAAGCCAUUUCUUGUCUUUAUCCUUGGAACUUUGAGACUAAUUUCAAUGGUUAUCUUGCGGCUACGCUCAGUGGAUGGUAUGGCACAAUUCUAUGUGGAAGCAGUGUAUCGAUGUUUGACCUAUUCCUCUGUCUCAUGAUCUUCAAUCUUUGGGGGCAUUUCAAAAUUCUCAUUUAUAACUUGGAGCAUUUUCCCCGACCUGCGUCCGAGGUCGUGGAUGCUGAAGGAGAAGAAAGAAGCGGCAGGACUGUGGGCUCUGAGAUGUAUUCACAAUCAGAGCUCGAAGAAGUUGCCGUGUUGCUGAGGGAUUGCAUACAGUACCACAUGCUUAUUGUCAAUUUCACAAACAACAUGUCAGACGCAUUCGGAAUGGCGCUCUUCAUUUACUACUCUUUCCAUCAAAUUACCGGGUGCUUGCUGCUUCUCGAAUGUUCUCAGAUGACUGCUGCAGCCUUGACACGUUACUUGCCGCUUACCAUUAUUAUGUUUGGAGAACUGGUUCUGUUGUCAAUAAUUUUUGAAACUAUCGGUACUAUGAGUGAAAAACUAAAAGAUGCGGUGUACAAAGUGCCAUGGGAGUACAUGGACACCAAAAAUCGCAGGACUGUCCUGAUUUUCCUCAUAAAGGUUCAGGAACCUAUUCACGUGAAGGCUGGCGGGUUGGUGGAUGUGGGAGUCACUACUAUGGCUUCGAUCUUGAAAACGUCGUUUUCGUACUUCGCCUUUCUACGCACGUUCUAAAUGUUUACCCCGUGUAAUUGCGUACCAUCAAGCUUAAAUAAGAAUGCUUAUUUAUUUAUUUAUCGUAUUAUGAAUGACGUACGGCUUUAG